UAUGACCUACUUUGUGGCACCUACGAAGUGACGCCCAUGGUUACCUGUGCUGAAAAGAGCAGCUUCACAUCAAGAUGAAGACCGAGCAAGAAAUACUGCAAAAUGCACUGCGACAUGAGAAGAGGAGUGAUUAACUGACCAAAAAAAAAAGGAAAAGGAAAAUGGCAUCAGCACAAAACGAGUCUGAUGAAGAACGUGAUUCACAGGAGCUGAGGAUUGUGCUGCUGGGAGCCUCUGGAGCUGGAAAGAGUCCAACAGCAAAUGCAAUACUGGGUCGAGAGUCAUUUAAAGAGAGCAGAACCAGAGAGAGUGAGAAACAGAAAGGAAGAGUAGAAGACAGAAACAUCUCCAUCAUCGACACGCCAGGAUUCUUCAACACUCAACUGACUGAUGAAGAGAUGAAGAAUGAAAUGAUGAAGAGUAUGUACCUCUGUUAUCCCGGUCCUCACGUGUUCCUGCUCGUCAUCAUCAACCUGGAGACCUUCAGAGAGGAGCAGAGGAACCUCGUGGAGCAAAUUCAGGAGAACUUUGGAGAGGAAGCGUUGCUGUUCACAAUGGUGUUGUUUAUUGGGCGAGAAAAAGUAUCCAGAAGAGAAUUUAAUAAAAUCAUUGCAAGUGAAGAAACGCAGAAAAUACUGAACUAUUUUGAGGGAAGAUUUCAUGUGAUAAACAGCAAAAGUGAAUGUGAUUCCAGUCAGAUCAUAAAGCUCCUGAAGAAUAUUGAUGAAAUAGUGAAGAAUAAUGGAGGACAAAACUACAGCAAUGAGAUCUACCUGAAGAAUCAGAGAAAACUCAGAGAGCAGAAAGAGAGAAUUAAACAAGAAGAAAAGAGACUGAAACAAGAAGAAGAGAUAAUGAAACACGAGCAGGUGAGGAAAAGACACACGGAGAUGAAGAAAAUACAGGAAGAUAGCGAUACAUGGAAGCAGAAAGGAGGGAUAAAUCAAAAGGGGGACAUAACAAUGAGAAGCAAAGAGGAGGGAAUAAAAGAUGACAAUGAGAGGAAAAAAGAUAAUGUGAGUAAGAAGAAAACCCGAUAUCUGAGAGAAAACGAAGCUGCUGUUCAUGAAAAUCUCAGGAGACAGAUGGAAAGUCGGAGAGAGAAAGAAAGAUGGAGAUGGAAACUAGAAAGAGGAAUGACACAAGAAAAUCCAUCAAGACCAGCAGAUUUGAGGAUCAUGAUUCUUGGUAAAUCUGAUGUGGGAAAGACUGCAACAGCAAACACCAUCCUGAGUAGAAAUGCGUUUAGAGCGGAGGCACAAUCUGAUACUUUAACCUGUGAGAAACAAGAUGCAGUAGUUUCUGGAAGGAAUAUCUCAAUCAUUGACACUCCUGGAUGGUUAGAUGCUCCGUGGUACAAGCACUUUCAGGAUGAACUCAAGCGUGAUAUUGAUAAAUGCUUAGAAAUGUCUGCUCCUGGUCCUCAUGUGUUUCUGCUGGUCAUUAGACUGAAUGGGAUAUACACCGAGGAAGAGAAAAACACAGUGAAAUGGAUUCAGACGAACUUUGGAGAAGACGCAGUAUGUCACACUUUUGUUGUGUUCACUCAUGUGGAUUUGCUGAAGGAUGAAUCACUGGAUCAGUAUAUCAGAAAAAGCCCUGAUCUACAGUCACUGAUGGACAGCUGCGGUGGCAGAUUUCACUCAUUCAACAAUCAGCACAGAAACAACCAAAAUCAGGCCACAGAACUGCUGGAGAAGAUCGAACUGAUUAAAGACAAUGGAGGAGCCGAAAGAAGAAACAAGAGGAGAUGAGACAUGACAAUAGUCAAGAGGACACAAAGAAGAACUUACAUGAUCUGACAAGAGAAACAGAUGAACUCUUAACACUCAUGAUGGGUCUCGAGAUGAGUGAGAUGGCUCUGAGAUUGUCACAAGUGAGGGAAAUGGCACACAACAAUCUGUCAAAACAAGAUCUGAGGAUUGUGCUGCUGGGUUUUCUUACAGCAGGUAAGAGUGCAACAGGAAACACCAUCCUGGGCAGAAAUGUGUUCAGUUCGAGUUUUAUGACAACCACUAGGAGCUGUGAGAAACAAGAAGCAGUGGUGUAUGGAAGGACCAUCUCAAUAAUAGACACUCCUGGACUGUUAGAUCCAUUCUUAUUCAGGCACAUUCAAGAUCAUAAUGAGUCUGAUGUUGAGAAAAGCUUAGAAAUGUCUGCUCCUGGUCCGCACGUGUUUCUGCUGGUGAUCGGCGUGGAAGGAUUGGCAAGGGUGGAAAAGAACCCAGUUAAAUGGUUCCAGGAGAACCUUGAAAAAGAUGCUUUAAAUCACACUGUCGUUCUUGUCACUCAUGCUGAUUUGCUGGAUGCAGUGAUUGAUGAACCUCUGAAUGAGUAUAUCAAAAAAA